GUUCGAUGGGCGUCAGUAACGGAAUCCAGCAGGCGGUAUAAAAGCUGCGGCUGCGCGCAGGCUGUUAACGCGCUGAAGACGUGUGUAGAAGUGACAGCAGGAGAAACCAGUGGAGAAGACACGAAAACACUCUGGAAAGUCUUAUAAGGCAGCAGAAACUAUGUCAAAAGGACCAGCAGUUGGAAUUGACCUUGGCACCACAUACUCGUGUGUGGGUGUCUUUCAGCAUGGCAAAGUCGAAAUCAUUGCCAAUGAUCAGGGUAAUCGGACCACACCCAGUUAUGUUGCUUUCACUGACACGGAGAGACUGAUCGGAGAUGCUGCCAAAAAUCAGGUUGCCCUGAAUCCUACCAACACAGUGUUUGAUGCAAAAAGGCUGAUUGGACGGCGAUUUGAUGAUACGGUUGUUCAGUCCGACAUGAAACACUGGCCGUUCAAAGUAAUUAAUGAUUCCUCGCGCCCUAAAGUUCAAGUCGAGUACAAAGGAGAGACCAAAACAUUUUUUCCAGAGGAGAUCUCCUCAAUGGUGCUUGUAAAGAUGAAAGAAAUUGCAGAAGCUUAUCUUGGAAAGUCUGUCACGAAUGCAGUUGUUACAGUACCUGCCUAUUUCAAUGACUCUCAACGACAAGCUACAAAAGAUGCAGGGACCAUUUCUGGACUAAACGUCCUUCGGAUCAUCAACGAACCAACUGCAGCCGCCAUCGCUUAUGGCCUGGACAAGAAAGUGGGAGCAGAAAGAAACGUCCUGAUCUUUGAUCUCGGUGGUGGAACUUUUGACGUGUCCAUACUUACCAUUGAAGACGGAAUCUUUGAGGUGAAGUCCACGGCUGGCGACACCCAUCUUGGUGGCGAGGAUUUCGACAACCGCAUGGUCAAUCACUUUGUCACUGAGUUUAAGCGCAAGCACAAGAAGGACAUCAGCGACAACAAGCGGGCCGUGCGGCGUCUGCGUACUGCUUGUGAGCGAGCCAAGCGCACCCUGUCUUCUAGUACUCAGGCCAGCAUCGAGAUCGACUCUCUUUACGAGGGCAUCGACUUCUACACCUCCAUCACCAGGGCUCGCUUUGAAGAACUGAAUGCUGACCUGUUCCGUGGCACCCUGGACCCUGUGGAGAAAGCUCUUCGUGAUGCUAAGCUGGACAAAGCCCAAGUCCAUGACAUCGUCCUGGUCGGAGGUUCUACCCGAAUCCCAAAGAUUCAGAAGCUUCUACAGGACUUCUUCAAUGGAAAAGAACUCAACAAGAGCAUCAAUCCUGAUGAGGCCGUUGCAUAUGGUGCAGCUGUGCAGGCAGCCAUUUUGUCAGGAGACAAGUCAGAAAAUGUUCAGGACCUGCUGCUGUUGGACGUCACACCUCUGUCACUGGGUAUCGAGACGGCUGGAGGAGUGAUGACUGUCCUGAUCAAACGCAACACUACUAUCCCGACCAAGCAAACUCAGACUUUCACCACUUAUUCAGACAAUCAACCUGGUGUGCUCAUUCAGGUGUAUGAGGGUGAGAGAGCCAUGACUAAGGACAACAACUUGCUUGGAAAGUUUGAGUUGACGGGCAUUCCUCCUGCACCACGGGGUGUUCCUCAGAUUGAGGUUACCUUUGACAUUGACGCCAAUGGUAUCAUGAACGUUUCCGCAGUGGACAAGAGCACGGGCAAGGAGAACAAGAUCACCAUCACCAAUGACAAAGGUCGUCUCAGCAAGGAGGACAUUGAGCGAAUGGUUCAGGAAGCAGAGAAAUACAAAGCUGAGGAUGACGUCCAGCGAGACAAAGUAGCUGCAAAGAAUGGCCUUGAAUCUUACGCUUUCAACAUGAAGUCCACUGUUGAAGAUGAGAAGCUGAAAGGAAAGAUUAGUGAUGAGGACAAGCAGAAGAUCCUGGAUAAGUGCAACGAGGUUAUCAGCUGGCUGGACAAGAACCAGACUGCUGAGAAGGAUGAGUUUGAGCAUCAACAGAAGGAGCUGGAGAAGGUGUGCAACCCCAUCAUCACCAAGCUCUACCAGGGUGCAGGUGGCAUGCCAGGUGGGAUGCCCGGGGGAUUCCCAGGGAGUGCUGGUGCUGCACCUGGUGGAGGACCUUCUGGACCAACUAUCGAGGAAGUUGACUAAACUGUUCAACAUCUUUCUACUCAUGAUACAGUCAGUUUUUCUUUGGUGGCAUGUUUCUAAACACAACUGUAACACACCUUGUGUUCAAAGUGCUGAUUUUCUUUCAAGCCUUUGAGGUUCUUGGGCUACACCUGUCAGAAGCAUGUUUAUGCACGUGUUCCAUUAUUUCUCACUUUAUUGUAAAAACGUGACAAUAAACAACUUUAAGUUCUGUCCACCUA